GUUUCACUUUCAAACGCUUAUGCCAGACUGACCAUGUGUAGCCUAGCUUUAUACAGUAGAACUAGUUGUCUUGUAAAACCCCCUAGGUGGUGUUAAAAUGCUCCUGUAGCCUAAGAAUUGCGGCUUUCAACCCGACAUAAAACCCGAAUGUAGGCCACACACAAAACAGUAAGGUUCAGUCAUAUGACUGACUCACAGGAAGAACUUUGGUCGUGAGGUUUAAAGUGGGCAGAGCAUAGCAGUCUCACACAACAUGGAUUCCUGCCUGAACUGGGAAAUGUCCUAACUCCUGUGUAUUGAAGGAUAUUCCAUUUAAAAUCGGAGCGCAGCGCAUCAUAAACAUAAAAUUGAAAGGAAGGUAAAACGAUUUUUUAUUUUUACAACAAACAAAUUUAGCGGGCACACCGUUUUCACGAGGAGGGAUGUUUGUGUUUUACACUUCGUGUCAUUAGUGAGAAUAUACAUCAUGGACACUCUACAGGAGAACGGGCUACAGCACUCACCUGCACUCGAUAUUCCCGGUCGUGAAAGUACCGCCAAAGAACACGGAGUACAUGGGACUCCCCUUAAAACAAAGGAAAAGCCUGGGACAACUAAAAUAAGUUCACCAGUCAAUAAUGUCACGGCGGAGUCUGGGAACCAACAGAUAGUAUCACUGGUAAACGCACCUGCACUACCCACGACACCACUCGAAUUACCUGGCGUUAUGGACGCAGAGGGGAGAGUGGACGAGUCCAGGCUGCGGAUGCACAUUUUCAAGAAUGGUGGUGUGUCCCCUUCGGGGCGUGGCCAGGUGUGGCGUUUCCUGUUCGGGAUGUACCCCUGCAGCUCCACCUCUCUGGAGCGCCCCCUACUGCAGGAGCAGCUCAACGUCCGCUACCACUCCAUGAAGAGGAAGUGGCAGCAGCUUUUUCCUGCUGCCAUCCGACUGCGUAUAAAUGGCACCGAUGCUGAGUUGGUGGCAGCGGUGCGGUACUUCGAUGUGAGGCAGGACAGGGUCCAGCUGCAGACUCAGAACCAGAGUGAUGAGGUCAGGGAGAGGCUGUCCUUUCUGGAGCUACAGGCCCAGGUGUUGUUUGAGCGGGUGACCUUUGAUCUGGAGGAGCUCCAAGAGGCCAUCCGAAUCAUCGACAAGGACGUGCCUCGGACAGACAGAGACCUACCCUACUACUCAGGUGAAGGCUUGGGCAAUCUGCUGGUGUUGAGGGAUAUUCUCAUCACAUAUGCUGCUUUUCACCCAGAGGUGAGCUAUGCCCAGGGGAUGAAUGACCUUUGUAGCCGAUUCCUGGAGGUGCUGGACUCUGAGGUGGACACCUACUGGAGCUUCUCCUACUACAUGGAGAAGUUCUCCAAGGACUUCCGCGCUGACGGCCUGCACAGGAAGAUAGAGCUGGAGGCAGCACUGCUGAAGGAGUUAGAUCCUCAGCUCCACACCCACCUGAUAACAGAUAGCAUGGAGAGUUUCACCUUCUGUCACAGAUGGCUGCUACUGGGUUUCCAAAGGGAGUUUGAGCACUGUGAUGCCCUGCGUCUCUUUGAGAUCCUGAGCUGUGACCACCUGGAGCUCAUCUCCCAGCAGGUGGACCGCGCCCGCUACCAGGAGAGGAUCGCCCGCAGGCAGAGUAUAGAGGAUAAACCAGUGUCUGAGGCACAGGCUGUCAACACAGAAUUCACCUUUGAACUCUUCAUCUGUGCCACCAUAUUAUUGGACAACAGAGAUGCCCUGCUGAGGUGUAGGAAUGAUGUGCAGCUCAUCCAGUUCACCAACAGUUUGCAGGGAACUCUGGACCUAAACCUCACCCUGAAGAAAGCAGAGGAGCAUUUCUACAACUACUGCAAGCGCUCUGCUUGGGACUAUAUGAAUGGCCGCUGCAGGACAAGUAAAAACAAGGAGGGACACUUCUUGUUCCAGCUCCGCAGCUUCUUCUCCUGAACCCAGAUCAGUCCUUAACUUAACCUCUUGAACAUUCAGCUACAACCUGUAGUAACUGUGGGGUGGACUCAAAACAAGGGACCUAUUUCCUAAGAUGAGUGUGUGCUAUUUACAUGUCUUGUCCUCUAACGUUGAAGCAUUCAUAUUUCUGUGGGAUCUACCUUGAGUGAGUGAUGCUGCUUACUUACCAACAAUUCUAUCAAUUUGGACUGUCUUCGUUGUUGUAUCUGAUUAUGCUAAUUUCUAUCUAUUUAAAAAUAUCUAUUUAUUAUUUAGAAAGGUGUCAAUGAACGGGUAGAAAAGUGUGCAAUGCUGAAUUGGUUACAUCACCUGGAGUUUGGCCUUCUUGAUUUCUAUGUUUUUCUUGGUGAGUUUAGAAGAAAGCCCUGUUUACAAAAUGAUAGAAUAAUUAGGACUAUGAUGUGGCCAAAAGGUGUUCUCACCCUUGAUCUGAGAUUCAAUUAUAUAAUAUGUGAUACUACUGGAAGAAAACAAGUCUUGGAACUGCAUCAAGACCACUGAAAAAUUGCAUGUAGCAACAGUUUGCAUGUGUUGUGACUCCCUGCUAUUGGUAAACAUAGAAAUAUAAUUACGGGGAUGCCUGUUCUAGUCAGUCUAUUUCUAAAGGUAUAAAAUAGGACGCCAGCUGACCUAUGUGUCAUAGUGGACCUGUGUGACAGGAGUAGCUGUUCAUUGGUUCAGUUCUGAGCCAAUACUGUCUGGAAUACUAAAAUACAUAUUCAUGUCUGUCACAAUCUUGCUUAGUGAAAGUUUGAUGUUAGUUUGUUGGUGAUUUAAAUGUUUUAUUCUGAUCCAGCUAAUUGCCAUUGAAGGAGAUGUCACUUUCAGGUGUCCAGUGCUUUUAGGCAGAUAGUGAACAUGUAAUUCCGAGUAUAAUUGGGUUUGGAGCAAUUCAUUAAAAAAUGCUUUAUAAACGAAGCCCACCAGUGAGGAGAAGGAUUAUUUCCAGAUGUUUCACUGCUUGACAUUUCAGUUCCUCGACCUGCGAGUUAGUGAGUGAAGAAUAGGUUUCCACAUGUUGAAGGGACAGGCUUGUCAUUGUAUGUACGGACUGUUAUUAUAUAAGGGUUAAAUGUAAUAAACUGUGGGACAUUAAA